UUAGUAGAGGCCUCUGCGGGUGUCCUGGAUCACCUGCUCUGCCAUGAGGUCCAAUGUGACCCAUCGCUCCAUCGCCUUCAUGUCCGGCUUGAACCCCUGCGAACCCCACACACAGACAAUUGCCCAAAGUGAGAAGGGCUGAGAAACGGGGCUCGUUCCUGUUUGUUUGUGUACCACGAAGGCCUUGAGCUCUGCCGGCGGGGUCUUCGGGGUGCCGGGGGCGUCAGUGAAUGAGAGCUGCGCCUCGUAUAAGGGCCUCAUCUUCGAGCGGUAGUACGCAUCCUGACAGAACUCCUGGUCACUGAGGAAAGGAGAAAACCAUGGACAGAUAUGGCGCAUGCGCAUGCCUUGCUUACUUGUCGAGCGCCCACUGGAAGGUCUUGCCCUUGCGCGGACCGUCGGUGAAGACGGUGUCCUUGGCAUCAUCCUUGGCAGGAUCUGAUGGAGCCGAGGAACUGGACGCCGACCCUCCCUUCAU